AUUAUAUUCCAUUCUCGAACAAAGGGGGCGAUGGCGUGCACAUGCUGUUUACCGAUCACACGUUUUUGGUCAGAAGAAGAGCAGGACGGAAGUUGAUUUUCUAUCAGCGUGAUACAGUUGGGAGCUAGCUUAACAACCAACUAAAGAGAAAUGGACUCGACCGAGAAGCGUGGAAGCAAGACGUUGUUGGUCCGCCAUUUACCAGCCGAGUUGAGUGAGGAUGAGAAGGAGGACCUGCUCAAGUAUUUUGGAGCCCAGUCUGUCAGAGUUUUCUCGAACAUUGGCCGUAUGAAACACACCGCAUUUGCAACUUUUUGCAGUGAAAAAGCAGCACAAAAGGCUCUUACCCGGCUUCAUCAGCUAGAGGUCUUUAAUCGAAAACUUAUUGUGGAGUUUGCAAAAGGCCAAGAUAACAUCACAGUAUUAAAGGAUCCACCUGUGUCAGAUAGGAGUAAUAAGUUUGACAAGGGAGCACAGAACAAACCAGAAACUAAGCAGCCUAACGUUUCUCUCAUAGAAACCGGCAUUGCUCCAAGUCUUGGGUUGAAAUAUCACCCAAAUCCCACUUUGAAGUAUUUGUACCCACCCCCUUCCAAUAGCGUGUUGACAAAUAUUGCACAUGCUCUCCUCUGUGUGCCCAAGUUUUAUGUUCAAGUUCUGCAUCUGAUGAACAAGAUGAAUUUACCAUGUCCAUUUGGACCAGUCACUCCCAGGCCCCCCUUGUUUGAGCACCUGCCUACUGCCCCACCGAUUCCCAUGCCUCCCCCCUUGCCUCCUGAUCUCCCGCCUACACCAGCAGAAGAGAUGGAGAUGUCAGCUGAUGAAGAAUCUGAAUAUGAGAGUGGAGAUGAUGAAGAAAAGGAGAGGAUUGUUCGUCUGAUGGGUCUGGUCAACCAAGCAUGCAAGAGACCCCUGAGACCAAAAACCUCUUCGAAGAGGAAAAAACCCAAGAUCAAGGAUCUCCUCUAUGUGCCCAAACCGGACUCUCAGAGUGCUCCAGUCAUGCAGCCAUCAGACGUGUUUGAGCAGCCCCACCCCGCCGGACCGAAGAAAAUAGAAUUCCACAUUUCAGUUCCAGAGGUAGCAGCCAGGGUGGAAGGAAGUAGGACGCAGUGUGAUGAAGAAAUAGAUGACAGAGAGGUUACCCACAACAACAAAAUGGAGGCUGCAGAAGGAUUUGGGAAGAUCUACCCCAGCAUCCAUUUGUUCCAGCAAUGUGAGGAGCACAGUGACGAAGAGCAGGAUCUCCCAUUGGAUGUCAUCUCAAGAAAAGAGCUUGAGAAAGGACGUCUCUCAAGAGAUGAGAUAAAAAGGAUGUCGGUGUUUAAGAAUUAUGAGCCAGGCGAGCCGACCUGCAGACUGUAUGUGAAGAAUAUCGCAAAACAAGUGGAAGAGAAAGACCUAAAGUACAUCUACGGGAGAUAUAUUGAUCCCUCAUCAGAAACUGAAAGAAACAUGUUUGACGUGGUUUUAAUGAAAGAGGGCCGGAUGAAAGGGCAGGCCUUUGUUGGACUUUCCAGUGAGCAGAGUGCUGAAAAAGCCCUGCGGGAAACCAAUGGCUAUAUUCUCUUCGACAAACCCCUCGUGGUUCAAUUUGCUCGAUCAGCCAGGCCAAAACAAGACAAUAACGAUGCCAAGAAAAGAGCAAAGCAAUGAUACCAUUUACAGGUGAUCAUCAUCAGAGGUUGGCUUCAUCUUUUAUUUAAUAAAAAAUAUUUUUUAUUGAAAUGAGGUUGUCUCUUCAGCAUGCACAAACACACAUCACUCCUAACAUCCAUGCAAGUACAGACUGGGAAAGAAUGAAAUGGAAAUGGUCAGUUGUUGGCAGCCGCAACUAAAAAAAAAAAUGGGACUGAAGAAAGAGAGGAAAAUGUCUGCAAAUAAACCAAAUAGAGUGAAGUUGGUGGAAAUUGCUGCAGCUGCUUUAGUUUACCUUUACAAUCCCGCCUUGCCCCACCUGCGUUAUUAGAGAGUAAACCUCAGAGAAUGAACUUUCCCCCUCAGCAGCUGUCAUAUCAGAGAAUUUGGAAAUUAAAUUUUUUCUGCCCUCUGUGAGGGCAAGUAAUACUCGAAGUGUAGUGGGUGCAUGUCAGUCAAUGAUGAAUUAAAGUUUGAGAUAUCGUCUUUGAGAUAAGGUGGCUUGGCACUUCCGAUGUUGGUGACCUCUGUCACGAAGGCACUUCUGAUUUCUGUCCUCUCAAAGAGCACUUAAAAUAAAAAAAAGUCAGACAAACACAGAGCCAUUCAAAAGGUUCCAAACAUUUUUAGGCGGCCUUCAUUACAUUUUAAUAUUGCAUUGUCAAUGUUUAAGUACUUGAAUUUUUAAAGAAAUUGCUUGGGAUUCUUACCAUUUUUUUUACAACAAUAACAUACCCUGCUGACCGUUGGGUCCAGCCUCUGCAUGAGUUCUUGUCAGAUGGCAAUUAUAAAUAUCAAUGUUUUCGAACUCAAACAGAAAGUGUUCAUCUCCUCCAAGUAAUGUGCAUAUGAUAAAGAACUGAUGUUUAUGUGUCUGGAUAUGUGUUUUCCUAUUGCUGUAGCUUGCUUGAAAGAUCUUGCUCAAAUUGGACUGUUUUAGACUGGAAUUGUUUUUAUUUGUUGUCAAAAGCUAAACGCAAGCAAUAUAAAACUCAAAUGCAUUUCAGGAGUGCAUGUUUGCAACAGGAAACACUGACUUUUUUUGCUACAAGGUCAUGUUACUUAGCCCACCACCCACACCAUUAAAUAAUUGCAAUAAGUUAAUGAGUUCCAAUCCAAGAAUUGCUUUCAGAUUUAUUUUUCAUUUCAUUCAAAACGGCCAUGUACAGUUCCCUCCAAAAGUAUUGGAGUGGCAAGGUCAAUUCCUUUGUUUUUGUUGUAUAAUAAAUAAUUUUUUGUUUCAGAUCAAAAGAUGAAUAUGUGACAAAAGAUUUUAUUUCAUGGUAUUUAGAUCUAGAUAUGUUAACUUAGGACAGAGCACCUUUUGUUUGAACCCACCCACUUUUCAAGUGAGCAAAAGUAUUGGAAUAGACAUUCACUUUAGGUUCAUUUAAUAAUAACAAUAUUUGGUGGCAUAACCCUUACUUGCUAUAACUGCAUCAAGCCUGCGACCCAUUAACUUCACCAGACUUAAUUUGAAAUGCUUUUCCACGCCUUUACUGCAGCCUCUUACAGUUGUGGUUUGUUUCUGGGGGGUUCUCCCUUCAGUCUCCUCUUCAGGAGGUAAAAUGCAUGCUCUAUUGGGUUAUGGUCCAGUGAUUGACUUGGCCAGUGUAAGACCUUCCACUUUCCCCCCCUGAUGAAGUCCUUUGUUGUAAUGGCAGUUUGUUUUGGGUCAUUGUCUUGUUGCAAGAUGAAGCUUGUCCCGAUUAGUUUGAUGCAUUUUUCUGUAAAUUGCCAGACAAAAUGGGUUUGUAGACUUCAGAAUUCAUUCUGCUGCUACCAUCAUGAGUUACAUAAUCAAUAAAGACUAGUGAGCCUGUUCCAGAAGCAGCCAUGCAAGCUAUCUAGAGGUGCAACGAUUAAUCAACAACUAAUCGAUUGUCAAGUUAAUCGAAAACUAUUAAUUGAUUAAUCGCUUAGAAAUAUUGUUUCAUUCAAAAUUGUCCAAAUCAGAAUUUUAGCUUCUCAACAGUUAGUCUCAGAUUUCUGUAGUGCUCCGUGAAAGCAGUUUGAGUAUCUGUGUGCCUAAUCAAAAUAAGACAUCUGCAAACAUUUGCUAUUACUUAGGGAAAUAAUAAAUAUUUUUGCCUAUUUUAUGACAUAUUAUGUGGACCAAGCCACUAACUGAAUCAUAUUCAAUUCAUGUUUGUGCAUUUUCUGCACUGUCAAUUUGAAAUCAUCCCCACUUUUUGAAUAAAGGGAUGGAAAUCAAAACUGUUUUUUCUAAUCCAAUUCAUCAAUUAAUUGAAAAAAAAAAACCAGAUUAAUCGAUUGUUAAAAUAAUAAUUUAUUGGAACCCUACAGUUGAUGUCAGAAAUCAUGUUAUUUUUUAAAUAUGAAUGUUUCUUUUUCAGAGCAGAUUACAAUUCUUAGCUCAACGAAAUUUCAUCAUGAUCAGAUCGAGACUUGACGCAAUUUAUACAAUAACAUAAAUACUGCAGAGUCGUGCUUAUGUUCAGGCACUUAUUCUUAUUUUGUUGCUCCAAAAGGUUAGGACUGAUGCUGUAGUUGUACAAAAGAAGAAUGAAUUUGUAUGUUACAAGUCAAUGUUAACUCUUAAUAUACUUCAAUUAAUGUAGCCAUUAUUAUUAUUUUCAAUGCAAAAGAGCAUUUCCGCGGCAGCUUUUCUAUAGUGUACAAAAAUGUUAUCACAUUACAUUUCUGUGGUUAAGAUCCAAGCCAACAGGGUCAUCCAUCACAUGCGCUCAUCUGGUCUGACCUGCAGCCCAUAUCUCCUGCACAAGGGAGAGGGGGUUCCCAUCUGUGGCCAAUGCUGCACGCCAUCCCAACGAUGACAAAUGUGCACCCCCACUGUGGAAAUAUUGAGUUACUAAGGCAUUUAUCAGGUAAGAUUUGAGCAAGAUGAAUGCUAACCUUUUGUAAGUAGACUCAGAUGAAGAUGUAUGCUGUGUGGCCGCUCUCUCUUUUUGAUACUGUCGCUGCAUGUGUGUGCUUAUCUUUGGAAUAUUUAAGGUGUUUGCCUUCCAUUUAACAAGAGUUACUAUUGUAUCUUAGUCGCAGCAUCAUCAACUCUUGUGGAAAUAGUGGCAUCACUACUGUAAGGUUACCUUUCUAAAGAGUUUUCUUAUAGGUUACUCAUAAUUUUUUAAAAUCAUUAAACUUGAUGGCAAGUUCAAAGGCUUGGGUCACUGCAGCCUUCAAGUUUUAUGUUUAUGAAGGGCAAUCCUAUUAAAGUAUCUUCAAUAAUGACCCGCAGAAAUGUAGUAACCAUUAACAUGUUAACUAACAAGUAUUCAAUAUAUAAACUUUUUAUAAUGUCUUAAAAACGGUAUAACCACUGUAAUCCCACAUUGUUAUGACCACUCGCGUGUUAUGAGUGAUCCAGUACAAUCUGUGAACUGUAUUUAAAACAAAAAGACAACACACUGCCAGUGAUAUUUACCACACAAAAAAGUAAAAUAAAUCAUGUGUGUAAACUCAUUUUGAAUGCACAGUUUAGUAAUUAAUUGUAUUCAUAUUGAACGUUUUUAUCAGGUCAGCACUAAUUUGGGAAGCUCUAUGGCUAUGAAUAGAAAUUUUGUUAGUAACAAACAGCAGGUAACAAAUUACUAUUUUGUAAAUAUUUUAGUCAUUUAUUUGAGUUAGUCUUUGCAUCUUUGCGAAUCUAAGCUCUAUACAAAACCAACUGUUAGUGGUAGUGUUUUUUUUUUUUUUUUUUUUUUAUAAAUAGUAUUGCAGGCAGUGUCAAAUGUUAUUUUUAGUGUAUGUCACUAAAUGACCCCCAUGGGCUAUAGUUUGGACACCCCUGCUUUAAACAUAUGUUGAAAAUGUAGUAAUAAAUAAGUAAUAAAAGGUGCAAUAGUUUGGUAAUUUGGAUCAAUCAUCAAUAGAUGUGUGCAAAAUUAUGGCAAUGUGACAGUGACCAUACCCGUCAGUCAAUCUCCUUGAGGGAGAUUAUCAGUGGUCUUGUAUGUUUUCCAUUUUCUAAUAAUUGCUUGAUUUCUUCACACCAAGCUGCUUACCUAUUCCAGAUUCAGUCUUCACAGCCUGGUCCAGGUCUCUAAUUUUGUUUCUGGUGUCCUUUGACAGCUCUUUGGUCUUGGCCAUAGUGGAGAUUAAGGUUGUGAACAGGUGUCUUUUAUACUGAUGAGUUCAAACAGGUGCCAUUAACACAGGUAACGUGUAGAGGACAGAGGAGCCUCUUAAAGAAGACGUUACAGGUCUGUGAGAGCCAGAAAGCUUGUUUGUAGGUGACCAAAUGCUUAUUUUCCACCAUAACUGGCUAAUAAAUUCAUUAAAAAUCAGACAA